AUGGAUCCAAUGUAUGGCCACCAUGAACAUCAAAAACCUAUCCAAAACAAACCAUUCAACAAUGAAAUGGAUAUGUUCAAAAAACGCGUUUCUACAGCACCAGAUACUUUACCCCAAAAAUUACAUGUUGGGCAGUCCUUGGACAAAAAUAAUCCACUUUCUUCA